CCACCGACUCCGGGCCGUGCCGGAGUCUGGUGGGUCCGCGGCUAUAAAGCUGGUGGCGGAGGGGAGGCGCCGCGGAUUGCAUCUUCGUUGGUCGUUGCUUUUCCACGGCCACCGCCCGCUCACGUUUCGUAGCCUCAGGACCAGCCGGACUUGCUAUGAUGAUGUAAUGGGCAGGCAAGCACAGGGUCUUCACCCAAAAUAGGUUUGGGUUGAACCAAGGACAUUUCAAAGCUUGGUAUAUGGAGUCUUUGAAAAACGUGUGUCCUGCCGUGACCAGUGGUAGAGAAAGAAUUACUCUGACCCACCCUGGAGGAGAGAUUUGGACAACAGUGCCUGAAGGAGGAAACAGAGUGACAGACCUGGAGACUGCCGUUCUUUAUCCCUCACACAGUUCUUUCACCAUGCCUGGGUCACUUCCUUUGAACGCAGAAGCCUGCUGGCCAAAAGAUGUGGGGAUUGUUGCCCUUGAGAUCUAUUUUCCUUCUCAAUAUGUUGAUCAAGCAGAGUUGGAAAAAUAUGAUGGUGUAGAUGCUGGAAAGUAUACUAUUGGCCUGGGCCAGGCCAAGAUGGGCUUCUGCACAGAUAGAGAAGAUAUCAACUCUCUUUGCAUGACUGUGGUCCAGAAUCUUAUGGAGAGAAAUAGCCUUUCUUAUGAUUGCAUUGGGCGGCUAGAAGUUGGAACAGAGACAAUCAUCGACAAAUCAAAGUCAGUGAAGACGAAUUUGAUGCAGCUCUUUGAAGAGUCUGGGAAUACAGAUAUAGAAGGAAUAGACACAACUAAUGCGUGCUAUGGAGGCACAGCUGCUGUCUUCAAUGCUGUUAACUGGAUUGAGUCCAGCUCUUGGGAUGGACGGUAUGCCAUGGUAGUUGCAGGGGAUAUUGCUGUAUAUGCCACAGGAAAUGCUAGACCUACAGGUGGAGUUGGAGCUGUUGCUAUGCUAAUUGGGCCUAAUGCUCCUUUAAUUUUUGAACGAGGACUUCGUGGGACACAUAUGCAACAUGCCUAUGACUUUUACAAGCCUGAUAUGCUUUCUGAAUAUCCUAUAGUAGAUGGAAAACUAUCCAUUCAGUGCUACCUCAGUGCGUUAGACCGCUGCUAUUCUGUCUACCGCAAGAAGAUCUAUGCCCAGUGGCAGAAAGAGGGAAAUGAUAGAGAUUUCACCUUGAAUGAUUUUGGUUUCAUGAUCUUCCACUCACCCUAUUGUAAACUGGUUCAGAAAUCUGUAGCUCGGAUGUUGCUGAAUGACUUCCUUAAUGACCAGAACAGAGAUAAAAAUAGUAUCUAUAGUGGCCUGGAAGCCUUUGGGGAUGUUAAGUUAGAAGAUACCUACUUCGAUAGAGAUGUGGAAAAGGCAUUUAUGAAGGCUAGUUCAGAACUCUUCAAUCAGAAAACAAAGGCAUCUUUGCUAGUGUCAAAUCAAAAUGGAAAUAUGUACACAUCUUCAGUGUAUGGCUCCCUCGCUUCUGUUCUUGCACAGUACUCCCCUCAGCAGCUGGCAGGAAAGAGGAUUGGUGUGUUCUCUUAUGGUUCUGGUUUAGCUGCCACUCUGUACUCCCUCAAAGUUACACAAGAUGCCACACCAGGGUCUGCUCUUGAUAAAAUAAUAGCAAGCUUAUGUGAUCUUAAAUCAAGGCUUGACUCAAGAACUUGUGUGGCACCAGAUGUCUUUGCUGAAAACAUGAAGCUCCGAGAGGACACUCAUCACUUGGUCAGCUAUAUUCCCCAGAGUUCAAUAGACUCACUCUUUGAAGGAACAUGGUACCUAGUUCGAGUAGAUGAGAAGCACAGAAGAACUUAUGCUCGGCGCCCCUCUCCAAAUGAUGACACUUUGGAUGAAGGCGUAGGGCUUGUGCAUUCAAGCACAGCAACUGAGCAUAUUCCAAGCCCUGCUAAGAAAGUGCCAAGACUCCCUGCAACAGCAGCAGAACCUGAAGCAGCUGUCAUCAGUAAUGGGGAGCAUUAAGAUACUUCUGUGAGGUGGAGGACUUCAGGGUGGGGUGGGGGGUAUGUAUGGGAACGGUUGGGGGAAUGGGUUGUCUGGGGACAAUUUUAAAGGAUUACAUGUUGCUUAAAUUUUUAUGUGACUGACAUGGAGCCUGGAAAAUUAUCGUGUUCUUGGGAAAGUCUCUUUGCUCAGUUUCCUAACAUGCUUCCUGUUGUGGUCGAGCCAAUGCUUAAUGUACUCGAAUGAUGUUAAGGGCUCUGUAAAACUUCAUACCCCUCUGGCCAUUUGUAUGCAUGAAGCUUAGUUUUUAAAUGUAGUGUUAUGAAUCGUGCACUUCUGGCGAAGAAAGCAGCGGUACUAGUCUCCAAUUUUAAUUUUUUUAAACAUGUAAGAAUUUUAUACUUUGAACAAACAAGAUGACUGAAAGUUCCUGUGGUUUUUGAAAAAAGUUUCUGGUUUAGGGAAUGUGGUCUUAAUGAGAUAUGCACAAACCCUGUUUGAAAAUGGCAAGACAGACAUACUCUUUUUCUAGAAUUUAUGAAUCCUAAAGAAGGAGAGGAGUUGGGACAGUUACACUAGUUCUAAAAACCGUUGCUUUAAAUCCAGGCCAGCAGUGAUGCGUUACUGUAAUGACCUCUGUGAACAGAGAGAUGCUGGCAUUGAGGAGACGUCUGGUAUAGAAAACAUGGGUGUAACUCUAGGUCUGCUCCUGACUCAGUUCAAGGUGUAUUUUGCGGAACAACAUGGAGAUGUUAUUGGAGUUGUGUAUGAGGAAGUUGGUGGUUGCAAUCCUUCUUUGCACCUUAUUUUGAAGAAUAAAUAAAACAUUUUUAUGGCUGCCUUUUAAAAAUUUAAAACAAAAAGGAAGGAUGGGGCAGGGCAUUAUUAUUAGGUUAUUUCUGAUGCUUCAGUGUUAUAAAUUCAACUUAAAGACUGACAACCUAAACUCAUGUUGUAAGUAUCCUUUUUGGUUUUUGUAUCUGUUCAAUGAAAAUUAAAAGGUACAACCGAAUUUUUACAUAGUAUGACCAGCCAAAAAGUAUCCCACUUCUCAAGGUCUGGAAGUAGGAUAUAUAAACCAUUUUCUCAGACUUUCACCUUAAAAAAAAAAACAAAAACAACAAAAACCAUCAUAUGGAAUAAAUAAGAAGACUGGUUAGACAGUUUUGUAGAUCUUUUUGGUGCUGAACUAUGACAUGAGCCUUAUAGAUUGUAAAAUAGGAUAGUUGGAACUAAUGUACAGAACUAAAUUUUUUAAACUUUGCCAUUGACUUCUGUGAUGUUUCAGUUAUCUAAAAUAAACUUACACAAAUAUGAAAUGUAAGUUUCAGAUUGCAAGGUAAUAUGUAAUGUAGUGUUUGUAAAAUACUCUUUGUCUAAUAUUAACUAGCAGUGUUUUGAUUUGUACAGUCAUAAUUUGUUAAAAUGACUUCAUUUUAACAUCCACGGAUGUAGAUUAAUAACGUAAGUUCAGAUUUAAAGGUUGAUGGGAAAAUGGUGCAUGUAAUACUUCUGCAAGUAUUGGGAGUUCGGUAUGUUUUGAAAAGAGUAAUUUAAUUUUGGGGUGUCAGGAAAUGGGUUUUCUCAAAGUCCAUUGCCGGCAAUGGGCAGGUCUACUAAUACUGGCACAGAGCAUAAACUGUACACCUUAUUAACAGUGAGGUGAGUAACUUUGAAUAAAGUUUUAGAGAAAUA